AUGCUGCAGCCCGAAGGCCCCCGAGCCUCAGAAGAGGGUGGGACCCGGCGGAGCGACUGCAUUAUCUGCUAUUCGGCCUAUGACCUCUCUGGGCACCUGCCCCGCCGCCUCUACUGCGGACACACCUUCUGCCAGGCGUGCGUGCGGCGGCUGGACACGCCGGUGCACGAGCAGCGCUGGAUCCCCUGCCCGCAGUGCCGCCAGAGCACACCCACACCUCGAGGAGGGGUGGCCAUGCUGGACCUGGACUUGGCUGCCUUCUUGGCCAUUAAGGCUGAACGAGAGCCAGCAAGAGUGGAGCCCUGGCCCCCCACACCCCUCAAAGAUGGCACCACCGUCACUCAGCAGCCGGCUGGGCUCUGCCCCACCUUGGGCCCCCAGCCCCACUUUCCCCCGCCUAGAUGCUGCCGGGACUGUGGCAGCCUCUGCUGCCUGUCCCUGGGUGGCCGAGAGGUCUGA